UUGUACUAACGUUGUUAGUUACCCUGUGAUGCCCACUUCUAGGUGUGUCAGGUGGGGCCCAGCAGAUUUGCCAGAGGGGGAGACCGAGGCAACGUUGGAGAAUAUGAAGAGGGAUAUGCUGAACAUCUACUCAGAGGAAGGAAUGAAUGGGGCAGAGAGAGCAGAACCAAUGAUGGAAAAGACAUACAUCAUCCUGCGGAAAUACCUUAACAAAGAGCCUGCUGCAGCAAUGUCUGAGAUCAAACAGGAGUGGCCAUUUCUCUUCUCUCAGAAAUGCCUAUUCUCACACUUUGGCCUCCUGACGGACGUCAAUGUCCUUCAGAAUUUGAGUUUGAUGCUUGAAGUUGAUCCAUGUGCCACUUCUGUGGACGUCAAUACUUCAGAGCUCCCCAGCACCCCCUGCUUGAUCAUUCAAGGUGACACGAUGAAGCCCUCUGGAUGGCUUAUAUCCAUCGAGGGACAUGUCGUGAUGGGCCCACACCCUUUCUUUUUGCACGGAGUAGCUGCUUUCUUCAGCAGCUAUUACGUCUUCAACCUUGAGUAUCCUGCCACUGGAUCAUCAACGCUGGAGUUCAUUCAAAGGUGCUUCCUGGGCAUCAAUCCUGAAAGAGGCUCAAAGACCAAGAAGCGGACAACAAUGAACCCUCAUGUGAGCACCCUUUGGAGGAAACUUGUUGACUUUGAGUGGGCAUCAUAGUAUUUUUUUGCAGCAGUAGUUUUCAGGCUCAGUUUUGAGUAGCCUCG